AUGAAUCUCAGCAUUGGCACAGCAAUCUUUGUGGCAUUUGUAUCAAAUCAUGUUUUUGGCUUGAUGACUCACAGCAUGAAGAGCAAAAAAAUCAUAUUGGCUGAAGGGGAUUUGGUCAAACCUGUUGACACCUUGGCUGAAAAGUAUUAUUGUGUAGAGUGUGGCUUGGGCGUAGACAUUGUUGGGGAAACAUGUGAGGGUAGUGACUCUCUAAAGGGAGGCUACACUCACUAA